AUUAGGAUGAGGGAGUGUUGAAAAGGGGCGUGGCCUGGAGCCAGUAACAUCUGUGCCUGUCCCCUCUGCAUUCUGCAGAGAAAGACGCGAGAGGAGAGGACAGGACAGGACAGGACACACCAAGUUUUUGCCGGCCCGCCGUGUGCUUGCACGCCUUCAUCACCCAUCAUCUCUCCAGAGAAGAAAGCUUCAUCUUUUAAUUGCUGGCACUUGUCUCUGGGAUUCAAAGCUGCAUGGAUUACACACCUUGCUGAAGGAAAUGCUCUGCUGUGUGCUGUGCAGAAAGCGGGACACUGCAGUGAGUUAAGGAUUGAAAACCAAAAAAAAAAAACGGAAUGCUGAGAGCAGAAGAGAGGUGCUCCUGGACCGGAACCUUCUGACGGAGGCCAAGCUCUGAGGUGGCGGAGGCCUCGACGAGGCCCCUAAAAGGAGCCUCCGACGACCUUCCCUGCCGGCAUAGCCUCACCCGCCGAGGAGAGCCAUGGCUCCCCGGAAGCGCGGCGGCGGUGGCCGCGGAGGCCUCUCCUUCAUCUUCUGCUGUUUCAACAACAGCGACCACCCGGAGAUCACCUACAGGCUGCGGGAGGACUUUGCCCUGCAGAGCAUGGAGCCGGCGCUGCCCAUGCCGGGGUACGACGAGCUGGACGGGAUGUUCUCAGAGUUGGUGGAUGAGCUGGACCUCACAGAGAAGCACCGCGAAGCCAUGUUUGCCCUGCCGGCCGAGAAGAAAUGGCAGAUCUACUGCAGCAAAAAGAAGGAGCAGGAAGAGAACAAAAGUGCGACUAGCUGGCCGGAGUACUACAUCGAUCAGCUUAAUUCGAUGGCAGCUAGAAAGACUCUUCUCGCUCUGGAGAAGGAAGAUGAGGAGGAGAGGAACAAGACCAUAGAGAGCUUGAAGACAGCUCUGAGGACGCAACCUAUGAGGUUCGUGACCCGCUUCAUCGACGUGGACGGCCUGACGUGCAUCCUCAACUUCCUGAAGAGCAUGGACUACGAGACCACCGAGUCGCAGAUCCAUACGUCGCUAAUCGGCUGCAUCAAGGCACUGAUGAACAACUCUCAGGGCCGCGCCCACGUGCUCUCGCACACCGAGAGCAUCAACAUCAUCGCCCAGAGCCUGGCCACGGAGAACAUAAAGACCAAGGUGGCCGUGCUGGAAAUCAUGGGUGCCGUGUGCCUGGUCCCCGGAGGCCACAAGAAGAUCCUGGAGGCCAUGCUGCACUACCAGCGCUUUGCCUGCGAGAGGACGCGCUUUCAGACACUUAUAAAUGAUCUGGAUCGGAGUACAGGUCGAUACAGAGAUGAGGUCAACCUGAAAACGGCCAUCAUGUCCUUUAUUAACGCGGUGCUGAGUCAAGGCGCAGGCGAGGCAAGUCUGGAGUUUCGUAUUCACUUACGAUAUGAGUUUUUGAUGCUGGGGAUCCAACCUGUCAUUGAUAAGCUACGUUCCCAUGAAAACUCCACGUUAGACAGGCACUUAGACUACUUUGAGAUGCUGCGCAACGACGAUGAGCUGGCUCUGUCAAAACGUUUUGAGUCGGUACACAUCGACACCAAGAGCGCCACCCAGGUGUUUGACCUCAUCCGCAAGAAAAUGAACCACACUGACGCAUAUCCGCACUUUAUGUCCGUCCUCCAUCACUGUCUCCUCAUGCCACACAAGAGGAGCGGUAACACGGUGCAGUACUGGCUGCUGCUCGACCGUAUCGUCCAGCAGAUGGUGCUGCAGAAUGACAAAGGUCACGACCCCGAUGUCACGCCACUGGAGAAUUUUAACGUGAAAAACGUAGUGCGGAUGUUGGUCAACGAGAAUGAGGUCAAACAGUGGAAAGAGCAGGCCGAAAAAAUGAGAAAAGAGCACCACGAGCUACAGCAGAGGUUCGAGAAGAAGGAGCGCGAAUGUGACGCCAAGACGCAGGAGAAGGAGGACAUGAUGCAGACGCUCAACAAGAUGAAAGAGAAGCUGGAGAAGGAGAGCAGCGAGCACAAGAACGUCAAGCAGCAAGUGGCCGAACUCACGGCGCGGCUCCACGAACUCAGCACACAGAGACAAGCUGCUGUUGUCCCAGGAGGACCACCUCUCCCCCCCGGCCCCCCAGGCGGCCCUGUACCAAGCCCGCCCACACCCGCCUUCUCGGGCCUGUGUCCGCCACCUCCCCCGCCUCCGGGUGGCAUGAUGCCUCCUCCUCCGCCGCCUCCUCCACCGGGUGGCCCUCCACCCCCUCUGGGCCGCCCACCCGUGGGAGGCAUCCCACUGCCGCCCGGGGCCCCGCUGGGACCAUCCAUGAAGAAGAAGAACAUUCCACAGCCAUGCAACCCACUCAAGUCCUUCAACUGGUCCAAGUUAGCUGAGAAUAAACUUGAAGGCACCGUGUGGAUGGAGGUGGAUGAUGCAAAGGUUUUUAAAAUCCUGGAUCUAGAGGACAUUGAAAAGACCUUUUCAGCCUAUCAGAGACAGCAGAAAGAGGCAGAGGACGACACGCUGAGUUCCAAAAAGGUGAAGGAGCUGUCCGUGAUUGAUGGGCGCCGAGCACAAAACUGUAACAUUCUUCUCUCGAGGUUGAAACUUUCCAAUGAGGAGAUCAAGAGAGCCAUCCUGACCAUGGAUGAACAGGAGGACCUUCCUAAAGAUAUGCUGGAGCAGUUGCUGAAAUUUGUCCCGGAGAAGAGUGACGUGGACCUCCUGGAGGAGCACAAGCACGAGCUAGACCGCAUGGCCAAACCCGAUCGCUUCCUCUACGAGAUGAGUCGAAUAAACCACUACCAGCAGAGACUGCAGUCUUUGUACUUCAAAAAGAAGUUUGCUGAGAGGAUAGCUGAGAUCAAACCCAAAGUUGAAGCUCUGACCAAGGCUUCAAAGGAAGUCUUAAACAGCAGAAACCUGAAGCAGCUCCUGGAGGUGGUGCUGGCUUUCGGCAACUACAUGAACAAGGGCCAGAGGGGCAACGCUUACGGCUUUAAGGUGUCCUCCCUCAACAAGAUCGCAGACACCAAAUCCAGCAUCGACAAAAACAUCAACCUCCUGCACUACUUGAUCACCAUCCUGGAGAAGAAGUACCCCAAAGUGCUCAAGUUUCAGGGCGACCUGCAGAGCGUCCCUGAAGCAGCCAAAGUCAACAUGACCGAGCUGGAGAAAGACAUCGGCAACCUGCGGAGCGGCCUCAAAAGCGUCGAGAGCGAGCUGGACUACCAGAAAAAGCGGCCACAGGAGCUGGGCGACAAGUUUGUGUCUGUGGUGAGCCAGUUUAUCACCGUGGCCAGCUUCAGCUUCUCCGAUGUGGAGGACUCUCUUACAGAGGCCAGAGACUUGUUCCUGAAGGCUGUAAAGCACUUUGGCGAGGACGCCAGUAAGAUGCAGCCUGAUGAGUUCUUUGGCAUCUUUGACCAGUUCCUGCAAUCUUUCAUGGAGGCGCAGCAGGAGAACGAGAACAUGCGGCGACGCAAAGAGGAGGAGGAGCGCCGUGCCAAAAUGGAAGCUCAGCUCAAAGAACAGCGGGAGAAGGAACGCAGGGCACGUAAGGCGAAGGCAAACGGCGAGGACGACGGCGGUGAGUUCGACGACCUGGUGUCGGCGCUGCGCUCAGGUGAGGUGUUCGACAAAGACUUGUCCAAGAUGAAGCGCAACCGCAAGCGCAUCAACAGCCAGAACACGGACUCCAGCCGAGAGCGACCAGUCACCAAGCUCAACUUCUAAGAGGCGGAUGAGGUCCUGCUCUGCGCUUGUAGGUACUUUUUCGGUUUUUCUUUUCUUUUUUUUUUUUUUUUUUUUUUGAAAUAACUGGGUCGACCUGACAUGCACAUUCCUCCGUUCCUGCCCGGCAACAGGCCCACACACAGCCACGCGUGCAUACGUUUUCUUUUCAUCCUUGCAAGCAUUUCACGUUUAACAGCGACGAUACAGGAGGACACCGUUUGAUGGGAUAAUCUCUUUUUGUACGUGCAGCUUCUCGACUGCUUCAUCCUUCAUCCAAACAGGAUGAAGAGUCCAAAAAAAAAAAAACAACGUGGGCCAUUUUUCUACAAAGUGAUGUCAUGGAUCGUCGCUGCUCUUUUUUGGGGGGAGAAAGACUCAAUUUUGAACUCAAAGCUGCUGUCACAAGCAUCUACCAGGAAGGAAGAUGCUGCAUUUUACCAGAGCUUUAACUGCAAGAAAAGUAGCUGACAGAAGCGGCAUCUUUUUCUUUUGUUUAGGUUUUUUUUUUUUUUUUUAUGUCACACGUGUGCAGCGUUUAUAUAUUUAAAUAUAUAUCAGAUCAUGAUUGUUUUUACUUCUUCCUGUUAAGAGCUGGCCUUAACUGUUGAUUUAAUGUCAAGUUGGUACUCUCCAGGCCUGGGCCUAAAAGUCACUAAUGUCAUAGAGGACGUAUAUCUGUAUAAAAAGGUUGCGUGCUUGUUACACACUUGCACAUAUAAAAAUAAUAAUGUACAAUGCUACAUGCCAUUAAAAACAUACCCAACCAA